CUCGAUACACAGACUGAGAAAAUGCUUCAAGGGGAUGAUUUUUCACAUGGCAAUUGUAAUGUAAACAUUAUCAAAGAAGAUAAACAGGACAGUCAUGAUGAUUCAGCAAGUAACAUGAAAGUUGUUAAUCAGUCAUCUUUCCUGGAAAAUGAGAAUCAUGUGUCUAAAAACCAAAACAAAAACCCAGUCAAAGGUUUAUCACCUAUUGAGAAUGGCCCAUCCACUGAAGGAAAACCUAAAUAUAACAUCUCACUUACUGACAGCCAGUUGGAGAAUAUUUUAAAUUACAGUAACCAAGUUGCUGAAAAAGAAUCGUAUGUAAAUAAACCUGCUGAGCAAAGGGAAAAUCAUGAGUCCUCUGAUCAUAUUACUGACAAUAGCUUCAACCGGAGCAGCAGCUUUCUGUUUGACAGUCUCUAUGACAACUCCAUCUUGGAUGCCAUGGAGGAAGCAGCAACUGAUCGAGAGAACAAAGAAGAGCAGGUGAUUGAAACACAUGCUAAUUCAAAUGGCUCUUCUCCAGAACUCAUUCCAGAGAGGAGAGAUGUUGUGUCAACAGAGGAUCAGGAAGCCAUCCAAUGGGGCGAAUCAUCUUUCAACCUUUCAGAAUGGGGAGAUUCGCUACUUAUUGGAGAGCAGUAUCUUGAUAAAAUAAACAGUGUUAUCAAGGCUUGUGAUGGCCCAAGAUUGGGUGCAGAGAAGCCCAGCUAUACAGAUGACAUUGUGUCUGAACUACAUGUAUCACAAAACAAUGAGACUCAUCCAAAAGUUUCAUCUGAAAGACGUCAAUUAAACAGUUCAUCAUUUCACAUCAGCCCAGGAAUGCAAGACAUUUUUGAUAAAUGGUCUGAUCAGUUUUCAACUUUAUCUGAGCCUCCAGGGCAGACAAAUUCAAAUGUGGUGGAACCAAAUGCAGCUGCUGUUCUUGUAGAAGAAGCUGUUUCUGUAAUAACAAACCAUGGAAUUGAGCAGGGAGGUCCAAGAAGCGUAAGUACUGAAGAUUUUGUGGUAGUCCAGGCCAAACCAGUGACUCCCAAUGACCUUGUUCCUCCCACACCAGUUUCUGAACCAGUAACACCACGGGUCAAAAUGACCACCUCAGCUGUACAAUCACCUCUUAACGUCACCAAGAACAGGUCUGAACUGCAUCCAAAUUCUAAAUCCAGUACCCAGAAAGAUUAUCAAUCUUGUUUGAGGAGAAACUCAGCAUCAGAGUUAGACACAUCACUGGCUGAUGAGGGCUUUACAAGACUUUCUCAGUGUCCAUCAUUUCCUGCUUCUAACUCCUGCAGUCCAGAAACAUUAUCCAUAAUCGAUGUGGCAAGCGAUAAAAGGCUUUUCCAAACAUUUGUAAAGGAGUGGAAAACAAAGGGCAAAUUUUCUAUUGCUGUUGCCUGUGAGAAGAUAGAGAGCAGCUCAAUGACACCUGAGACAGUUAUAGGUGGAAAAUUCAAAAAAUCUACUACCCCAAUGAGGAACAAAAGAAAAGAUGGCUUCCUCCUGAAGGGAUAUGAGGAUCUUGUUGUCAUUGGCAUGUCUGUAUGCUGGGGCGCAAAAGAUGCUUAUUUUGUAUCUCUACAACAGGAGCUGUCAGACACAGAUAUAAGUGCCAGUUUAGCUCCACCACCAAAAAAAAAAAAAAACACUCCACUUUUUUUGAAAAUAGGCUAAUUUUCCAACUCCCCUAGAGACGCUGCGUAAUAUCAUUGCGCCUGCUGCACCCAUGGUACGGCAGCAAAGUUCCUUGAUUAUUACACCGGAAUAAGAGUAUAGUUCCUAGAUCGCCUUGAAAAUCGCAACUUUUCAUUUUCCGUCGGUCUUGGUACACGAUGUAACUACAGAAGAGUCAAGUUUUAAAUAGGAAAAAUAUCGAAACUCUUUGGUCAUUUUUGAGCGAGAUGCUAACGGUCUAAUCAGAUUCAAUGAACUAUGCUAAGCUAUGCUAAAAGUGGUACCGCCAGACCCGGAGAUCGGCUGAAUGGAUUCGAAAACGGUAAAACUCAACUGUUUAACUCUAGGGGAGUUGGAAAAUGAGCCUAUUUUCAAAAAAAAGUGGAGUGUUCCUUUAAGCCAUGAACCAAGUCAACCAGCAAUGAGGAGAAUCACAACAUUACAAAGUUUGAUUUGGAAAAAAAAGAAAAAAAAAAAAGGAUUUGAAAAUUGGAUAAAAAUACAAAGGUACAAGCCUGUGUACUUAAUGGCUUUAGUGAUAGAAAGAACUAAAAUCCUAUGAAGCAGUGCAGACAGCACAAUCGAAUUAAAAAGAUAGAAAAAAACUACUCAAUUAAAAAUGUUGAUUUUAUAUAUAUAUAAGUUGGUUGCAAAAUAUGCAUAUAUAUUCAAAUAUUUAAGUAUUUUGAGAGUGUAGGGAGGCUGACAAAUUAUGGGAGUGGGUGGAGCUAAAUAGAUCUUUUGGCACCUUUUGCUUGUUUCGACUCUCUGGUGGAAUUUUCCGUACAGCAUCAUGGUAAUGUAGGUUAUCACCAAAAAUUCCACUGUUAAACAAUUAUUUAAAAAAUAAGUUAAUAUAAUGCAGACUGACGGCUUUAACAGAAGCAAAUACCAUUGAUUAAACUCGUAGCUCACAGUAGGGCUGACUUUAACGAUUUAUAAAUGAUUGUUAAAAAUCAAUUACCUUAUAGAGAAAAUGGAGUUUUUAUUUCCAGAACCUGACUGUUGCAUUCUAUUCUUUCUGAAUAUUGCAUUUACCGUGGAAUAUAAAAAAGCUCAAUGGUGACAAGUCAAAUUGUAUU